AUGAAUUACGUUCCAUUAAAUCGAGGACGAGAACAAUCUCCUUCAUCUCCAGCGGCUUUUCAUAAUUCUAGUACAUUGUAUAUCAAUCAACAAAGUCCUGUUCUAAAUUUACCUCGACCUAGAUUUAAUGUUACAGUCAAUGGUCAUCUUCAUUCUCCUCAUCCUCCUCCUCACCAUCAACAUCAUCAUCAACAUCAACAACAUCAACAUCAUCAAUAUCCACAUAGAACGCAUGAUUUUUCUCGAAUUACUAUUCGAGCGCCAGAUAUUCGUCCUCCACGUACUCCAAUGCCAUUUAAUAGUGUUAUGUCAACAACACGUACCGGUGGAAAUAUUGCGCCUGCUAUGAAUGAUGUACAGCGAAAAUUAGCUGCACUUACAUUACGUUUAGAAAAAGAACUUGAAAGUGAAGCAACUGUUGAUGAAUAUUAUGGACAAUGUACAAAAUGUGGAGAAUAUGUUACAAGUGCAGCUGAAGCUUGUCAAGCUAUGGAUGAACUUUAUCAUAAUGAUUGUUUUAAAUGUAUUGUAUGUUCUCGAACAUUACGAGGUAAAGCAUUUUAUCGUGUACAUGAUCAAGUUUAUUGCGAAGAAGAUUAUUUAUUUACUGGUUUUCAACAAACAGUAGAAAAAUGUCAUAUUUGUGACCAUCUUAUAAUGGACAAAAUGCUUCAAGCACUUGGUAAUACAUAUCAUCCUGGAUGUUUUCGUUGUUCAGUAUGUAAUGAAUGUCUUGAUGGUCUUCCAUUUACAAUUGAUAAAGAACGACGUUUAUUCUGUUUAUAUGAUUAUCAUAAUACCUAUGCACCACGAUGUGCUAAAUGUGCAUUUCCAAUUUGUCCAGAAGAAGGUUCGGACGAAGCAACUCGUAUAAUUGCUAUGAAUAAAAAUUUUCAUGUUGAUUGUUAUCGAUGUGAAGAUUGUAAAUGUAGUUUAAGUAAUGAGCAAACAACAGCUGUACUGGGUGGAUGCUGCCCAUUAGAGGAUGGUACAUUAUUAUGUUAUCGUUGUCGAAUGCGUCGUGGUGGUAUGAGUGAUAAAUAG